CUGAUAUACGACAGACUAAAAAACCGAAUUUUAUUACAUUAACCUGUAAACUCAACUUGUUCUUUCUGUCUUUUGUGGCGAUCUCACCGCACUUAUUCUCAUCUCUCUCGAAUGACAACAACAAAACUCCACACUUCUUCCUUUAAUUCUUCUCAUUCCUAUUUUUUCCUAUUUUAAUCUUCCUUUUUAGGUUUAUGUAAAGUCAAAACAAUUAAACAAUCAUAUACAAAUUCUUAGAUUUAAUUGCAAAUACUAUGUCAUCGUCGUCAAAUCCUCGAACAGUGGAAGAUAUCUUCAAGGAUUUCAGUGCGCGUCGUGCUGCUAUUGUUCGUGCUCUUACUUCUGAUGUUGAUGAGUUCUAUGGACUUUGCGAUCCCGAAAAGGAGAACUUGUGCUUGUACGGGCAUCCAAAUGAAUCCUGGGAAGUUAAUCUCCCUGCAGAAGAAGUUCCACCGGAGCUUCCUGAGCCAGCUCUUGGGAUCAACUUUGCAAGGGAUGGAAUGAAUAGGAGAGAUUGGCUUUCUCUUGUUGCUGUGCAUAGUGAUUGUUGGUUGUUAUCUGUGGCUUUCUAUUUUGGUGCUCGUCUUUCCUCCAAUGAUAGGAAGCGUCUGUUCAGUAUGAUCAAUGAACUUCCAACUGUCUUUGAAGUUGUGACUGACAAGAAGCCAGUGAAGGACAAGCCUAGUGUGGACAGUGGUAGCAAGUCCCGAGGAAGCGCUAAGAGAUCAAGUGAUGGACAGGUUAAGAGCAAUCCCAAGCUGGCAGAUGAGGGCUAUGAGGAUGAAGAUGAGGAGCAGGGGGAAACACUGUGUGGUAGCUGCGGUGGUAAUUACAGCGCCGAUGAAUUUUGGAUUUGCUGUGAUAUUUGCGAGAGGUGGUUCCAUGGAAAAUGUGUGAAGAUAACUCCAGCCAAGGCUGAGAGCAUCAAGCAGUACAAGUGUCCAUCUUGCAGCUUGAAGAAAGCAGGCCGUAGUCACUAAUGCUGUAAGGAGAACAUAAUCAUUUUUACCUGGGUUGCUAACAUAGUAUAGCAAAUACUAUUAUCGUUUACAAGUAUGAAUCUGUAGUUAAAUCUGUUUCGAGAUGAUGUUUUUAUACAGCACCUGCCUUUAAUGUGAUCGUAACUUUUAUGUCUGGAAGUUUCCUUGUCUUUUCUUGUAUCAGAUAGUUUGGUUUAUGAAAAUGUAUUUGUAUCGA